UUUAAAUUUUUGAAAAUUAUUUUAAAAUUUAUUUUUAAUUGGACAAUUUUUGAAAUAAUUGAUAGUGAACUCUAUUAUUAUUUGUGAAUCAUUUUACAGUUUAAAUUUUCCUCAUUUUUUUGCUACCUUAAUCAAAUAUUUGGGUGUAUUUAGCGCCAACAAAUUAAAAUAAAGUAAAGAGAACUGCAUUUGUCAGUCAAACUUUUCUUAAUUUCUUGUUGCUAAUAAUUCUAGAACGAUGAAGUUCCACUCAAGUAAGCGGAUAUUCCCCAGGAAAUGUAGGUCAAGCGGUCAAUAUACUUAUUUAUAAAUGUUCAAAAUUGAUACAUUACACAAUUUUUUUCAAGAACCAACCGUUAAAUUCAAAAACAACCAUAAUCACCCUCAUAAUUGUGUAACAUUCAUUAAUAACGUUCCUCGAAUUACGGUUGUAAAUUGGUGAUACAAACAAAAAUACACCUGAAAAAAAUAAAAGAGAGAGUUUCAUUUACAUACCAUGAUUCACCGGACUUUUCGCUUCAUUCGUGUUUGUGGUAUCAAGAAGAAUGAAGUUCUUAAUACUAAUCCCUUUACUAUUUUUUAAUAAUAGCAAUUGCAUAUAUUUAAGAAAUGAGACAAGUGUCGGAAAAAUUGAGAAUAAUCCGGCAAUUUGGACCGAGCAAGGUGUUUGGGGGUCGCUCCUGGAAGAAUGGGCCCUAAAUCCAAAUCGCAGAGGAAAGCGAGUAAUGCAACUACCUCCGACUAAAGAUGCGUACGUGAUGGAUGAGACUCCGGACGAAUCCGGAGAUGACCGGAAAAGCAAAAUCACUCCCGGAAAAAUCGUCAACGGAAAUCAAAAACCGCCAGGUCAACAAGUAUCAGAAACUGACUUGUAUUUACUCGGAGCGAUUGAAAAGCUGGUCUAUAGAGCGGAUUUCAUGGAAAAACGUUUGCGACGAGUGGAAGAAAUGUUGUACUUUGUGAUGGCCGGAAAUCGCGUCGAUCAUGAGCCCUGCUCUGAUAAUUUCACGCGAGUGGGCCCCAAUUGCUACAUUUUCCAAAACGGCGCUGGUCGUGAAUACGACUGGAAAGCCGCAAGUAAACAAUGCAAACGUCUCGGUGCGGUUUUAACCGAAAUGGAGACAAUUGAAGAAAACCAGGAUGUUAUCGCGUACAUCCAGAGCAACCAGCAGCUUAGAGGGAGAGAUUUCUGGACUGGGGGGUUAAAUCCCGGCCUUUUGUGGAUCUGGAGUAACAGUGCGCGGCCUAUUUCCACACCGGGGGGCAACAAGAAAAACCCUUCGGCGGGAAUUUUGGGGGACGGGCGCUGUUUGCGGCUGGCAUACGACCCAGCUCUGCGUUCCUAUGCUUACAAAGGGACCGAUUGUUCAGUUCGCUACAAUUUUAUCUGCGAAUUGCCCGAAAAUACAGCCAGUAACGAAUUACGAAGACUGGGACGGAGCAGGAAAAUUUUGGAUGAAUUAUAAACCAAAGAAAAAUAAAACAUCUAUUUAUUCAUUUUGCUUAAUUUUGUUAACAAUAAAUAUUUCAAUGUGUAUUAAAUAAAAAAUAAGCAAACAGUCUAAAA